AUGGUGGCCUUCGCCAACGUAUUUGGAAAGUGCCUGUUUGGACUUGGGCUUGUGCUCAGCUUGCUGCCGGCCUGGGGAGUUACCGUGGUGGCGAGGGUCGUGAAAGCAGGACUUUCUGAAUCGAGGCGGGCGAAUUUUCAGUUGAAGGUGAGUGCGUGGCUCAUCGCGUAUUUGGUAUUGGCAUGGCGGGCGUUGUUUCGGAUUUGCCCGUGGAUCCAGUUGCAAACGUUUUCCUCGGACGAGCACUUUCUCGGUGAAUCGGGCAGACCAACCGUCCUGGUGAUGAACCAUCUGUCUUUCUUGGAUUCGGUGCUGGCUGUGCCCAUGGCGCCUCUCCAUCGAUGUGCAGACGUGCGUGUGCUUGUGGCGAAUUAUGUGUUUGCCAUUCCAUUGCUCGGCGGUGUGAUGCGAGCCAUCGGACUUGCGGAGGUCCCCUUCAAAGCAAGCGCAGGUGAUUUCUCCAGCUUGGCAGUCGAAAAGGAUGCCAUGGAAGAGAAGCUGAAAGUUUUUGCUGAGCAUGUGCAGGGCGGUGGUGUUGGUGCAUGGUUUCCAGAAGGUAUGCGAAAUCGCGGUGAUCCACUCGUCCUCCAG